AUGUUGAACAACAAAAAUGAAAAAGUGGAACCACAGAUUGGCAGAAGAAUGAGUAAUGCUGAGAAAAAAACUACCACAAGCCGGUUAGGUUUGAUUAGAGAAAGAAAGAUGGCAUUGCAAAAGGAUGUGGAUAAGCUAAAGAAACGACUCAGACAUGAAGAAAAUGUUCAUAGAGCUCUGGAAAGGGCCUUUACGAGACCACUCGGAGUUCUUCCUCGUCUCCCACCAUAUCUCCCGCCCGAUAUGCUCGAGCUUCUUGCCGAGGUUGCUGUUUUGGAAGAAGAAAUCGUUCGGCUUGAAGAAAAAGUCGUGCAUUUUAGGCAAGGACUUUAUCAGGAAGCUAUAUACAUUUCGUCAUCCAUGAAGAACAUUGUUGUUUCGGCUGCUCUUUCUGACCUUGGUUCGACUGGAGAUCUGAAACCAAAGCAAUUCAAAUUAUUGGGUCAUGUGGGAGCAAAUUCUUCUGCAGUUAUGGUGAAGAAUUCACCUUCUCCUUCUGAUGAGAACCAGGGAAAGGAGAACUGUUUUGGUACAAAUUCCUUAAAAACGAAGCAGAAAUUACCCAAUUCGAAAAUACGAGCAGUUAAAACUCCAGCCAGAAAGCUUUCCGUUGAAUCCAGAUCAGUUGAUAGGCGUUUAGAUCCUAAGAAGUUACAGCUGGAGAACUGUGUAAAAGAGGAGCAUGAGGGUUCCAAAAUGAUACCAUCUGUCUGUGACAGUCCAAACAUGAUAUCCGAAAACAUUUUAAAAUGCUUGAUGAACAUUUUCUUGAGAAUGUGCGCAAUAAGGAGUAGGAGUACCACAGAAACUUUUCCUUCACUUUCGACGCUGAGUUUUUCAGAAAAGUUGGCAGAGUCUAAGGAUCCUUAUCGCAUUUGCUCGAGGUUUGGGAAGAGAGACAUUGGUCCAUAUGUGCAAUUAUAUGAAGUUGAAGCUACCUUAAUCAACCCGAAUCAAACGACAGUAUCUAUAUUCCUAGUUCAAAGAUUAAAGCUUCUCUUUGAGAAACUUGCUUCCGUUGAGCUGAAGGGCCUCACCCAUCAAGAAAAGCUUGCUUUUUGGAUAAACAUCUACAAUUCUUGCAUGAUGAAUGCAUUUAUUGAGUAUGGCAUUCCAGAGAGCCCUGAAGUUGUUGUAGCACUAAUGCAAAAGGCAACGGUGAAUGUUGGUGGACACAUUCUAAGUGCAAUAACAAUUGAGCAUUUCAUAUUAAGAUUGCCUUAUCACUCGAACUACACUUUCAUUAAAGGUGCAAAAUACGAUGAGAUGACAACAAGAAACAUGUUUGGCUUGGAAUUAUCUGAACCCUUGGUAACGUUUGCACUUUCUUGUGGAAGCUGGUCUUCCCCUGCUGUGCGGGUGUACACUGCUUCUCAAGUUGAAAACCAGCUGGAAACAGCUAAAAGAGAGUAUUUACAAGCAGCCAUUGGAAUUUCAACAACCCGAAAGCUUUUGGCCUUACCCAAGUUGUUGGAUUGGUAUCUUCUCGACUUUGCCAAGGAUAUAGAGUCGUUAUUGGACUGGGUUUGCCUCCAAUUGCCACACGAACUUGGAAAUGAAGCAAUGAAAUGCAUAGAGAGGAAGAAACACGAGCCUCUGGUGCGCUACUUUCAGAUAAUGCCGUAUGAAUUUAGCUUCCGAUACCUUUUGCAUACAUGA